AUGGACUGGGGGUGCGAGGUGUACAAAUUGAAUAGCAAUCUCUAUGUGGCUUUAGAUUUCAGAAUGGAGUACUGUCCCCCAAAUUCCACAUUUGGAGAGAUAUGGUUGAAUCAUGGAACAUCAGUUUGUUUCAUGGAUACGGUAGCUCCAAGCGUGGUUGCAGCAUAUCUGUUAAUAUUUGCUGCUAUAGAAAUUCGAAUGUACAAGAAAUAUGGAACACCUGUUGGAGAAAGUUUACCCAAACCUUUUUUAUAUAAAUUGCAAGUGUUUUUGACCUUUAUGUUGCCCUGCUUGGCAGCAUUACGUUUUAUUUUACAAGCAGCUGUAUUCAAUCAUGGAGUUGUGUAUGGAUAUAUGAUCGUAUCACUUGGAUGUAUAUUGACUGUAUAUCCUCUUUCAUAUUGGUUGAUAUACCUGGAACGUAAUUAUCUUUUGCCCUCUGUACCACCCCAAGGCCAUGGAGUUAUUUUACUUAUUUUCUGGGCAUUGCAACUUAUUGCUGAAUGCUCAGCAUUUUUUAAUUUGCAUCAAGAAAGCUGGUGGUUUAACUUAAGUAGUUUUGCAGAUAAAGUUGAAUUGGGAAUAUUUAUUGUGCGAUUUGCAUCGUGUGUAUUCAUCUUCAUAUUGGGCAUGAAAGCCCCAGGUAUAAUGCCUGUUGAACAUUUCUCAUCUCCAAUGGACAAUGGCCCAUUGUUGGCUGGGCCAAGUAGGCAGGAAACCUCUGUUAAUCAAGGUUCAACAUUCAGAAAUUUUUUCUCAAAAAUGAGGACCUUGGUACCCUACAUGUGGCCAAAGAGAGAUCUCAAAUUGCAAUGUUAUGUUUUAAUAUGUAUUGCUUUACUUCUGGGAGGACGAGUAAUUAAUCUCUACGUACCUUUGUACAGUAAACUUAUUGUUGAUAGUAUGACUGGCUCAGACUUGAAAUUCAGAUGGGAUCUGCUCUUGCUGUAUGUUUUCUUCAAGUUUCUGCAAGGAGGGGGAACUGGAGGAAUGGGUCUUUUGAAUAAUCUGCGCUCUUUUCUCUGGAUAGGUGUUCAGCAGUACACAACACGUGAAAUUGAGCUUGAAUUAUUCAGCCAUUUACAUGGAUUGAGUUUACAGUGGCAUUUAAGCCGUAAAACGGGUGAAGUGCUUCGAAUUAUGGAUCGAGGAACUGAUAGCAUCUUCAAUUUAUUCAAUUAUAUGCUAUUCAGCAUUGCACCUACAGUGGUGGAUAUAUUAGUUGCAAUUAUAUAUUUUGUGUCAGCUUUUAAUGCAUGGUUUGGAAUCAUUGUUUUCUUGACAAUGGGAUUGUACAUGGUGAUAACAAUGCUGGUUACGGAAUGGAGAACAAAAUUCCAAAGAAGUAUGAAUUUGGCUGAUAAUGCCCAGAAAGCUCGCAGUGUUGACUCCUUGCUGAAUUUUGAAACUGUUAAGUACUAUGGUGCUGAGUCUUAUGAAAUUGAUUGUUUCAGAGAAGCCAUCUUAAAAUUUCAGACUGAAGAAUGGAAGUCAAAUAUAACCUUGAAUAUAUUAAAUUCAUUACAAAACUUUAUAGUUUGUGGAGGACUCCUUGGAGGAUCAAUGCUUUGUGUGCACAUGGUAGUUAAUCAUGAAGGAUUGACUGUUGGUGAUUAUGUUUUAUUUGCGUCAUACAUAAUUCAACUUUAUGUUCCUCUAAAUUGGUUUGGGACCUAUUACAGGCUGAUACAAAAAAAUUUUGUUGAUAUGGAAAACAUGUUGGAACUCCUCAAGGAGAAACAGGAAGUGCAUGAUAUACCAGGUGCAAAGGCUCUUGAAGUUAAAGGUGCUACUGUUGAAUUCCGUAAUGUCAGUUUCAGUUACCUUCCAGAAAAACCAGUCCUCAAAAACGUUUCAUUUAUAGUUCCUGCUGGUCACACCGUUGCAUUAGUUGGUCCCUCAGGAAGUGGCAAAAGCACUAUAAUAAGGCUUCUAUUUAGGUUUUAUGAUAUUAAUGAAGGGACAAUUAUGAUUGAUGAUCAAGAUAUUAGUCAAGUCACUCAAGAGUCCCUGAGAAGUGCAAUUGGUGUGGUUCCUCAAGAUACAGUGCUUUUUAAUAACACAAUUAGGUUCAAUAUCAGAUAUGGGCGCAUUAAUGCCUUUGAUCAUGAAAUUAUUUCAGCAGCCCAGUAUGCCGAUAUUCAUGAUAAAAUUUUAAAUUUUCCAGAUGGUUAUGAAACACAGGUUGGAGAAAGAGGAUUAAAACUCAGUGGGGGUGAAAAGCAAAGAGUUGCAAUUGCUCGUACUUUGUUGAAAGCUCCAUCAAUUGUUCUUCUUGAUGAAGCUACCAGUGCCCUUGACACUGAGACUGAGCGCAAUAUUCAAGAUGCUUUAAGCAGAGUGUGUGCUCAUAGAACAACAGUAGUGGUGGCACAUCGUCUGUCUACCAUUAUUAAUUGUGAUGAAAUUUUAGUAUUAAAAGAUGGAGAAAUUGUAGAACGUGGAACCCAUAGUAGUUUACUAAAUCUUGGAGGUGUGUACAACAGAAUGUGGAAUCAACAAAUUGAAAAUGAAGAGGAAUCCAAUGAAUCAGAGAAAGGAAAUUUGCUUCCUGAAAAGCCCUGAAUUUUCAUUUGUGAAAUUCAUCUUAAUCUCAUCUUAUAUUAGGCAGGAUUCUGCUUUUGAUCAUAGGUUUUGAUUGUUCAUCGUCUACUUGUGUUCUGUACAUCAUUGGUUUCCGGUUCCGGAAAUGUGCAAGCCUGAGUGAGUAGACAAAUCAUAUGAAUGAACAAAAGAGUGUGUAAAGAAGACAGUUUAAUUGUUGUUUUUCAUUGUUGUUUUUUAAGAGAACAAACUAAAUGUGAUAUUAUCAAAUGGUAUUAAUCAUUUAAAUAUGAUUAAUAAAAUAAUAAAUAUGAUAUUAAUUUACAGAAAAAAUAUAAUAUAAAUGUAUCAUCAUUUACUCUUUCUUCAUUGUCUCACUAUUUUUUUGAAACUUCAUGUGUAUUACAUCAUCGAAAUUUUUAUAACAUAAUAAAUAAAAAUUAUAAAAUCAAAAAGAUACUUACAUGAAUGGUAAAUUAUAGUUUUCACAAAAAAUUAUGAUAGUAUUGAGACUCACUUGAAUUCAAUUAAAGAUUAAAAGUUAAAUAAUUUGUUUCCUUCAGAUGUGCAUAGCCAAGAAAUUUGGGCUCCACUGUCGUACAUUCUUGAAAACGAUACAUUCAUUUUAAUUUGUCAUAAUAUUUUACGCCUUAAUAUUUGUAUCCAAUUGAGGUAGAAAGGAAAAGGCUGUGUGUAUUAUACAUAAAAAUACAAUCAAAUUUUAUUAUAUUUUAUUAAUGUAAUAUUGGUACUCAAGUUUUUAAUACAUAGAUAAAAUGUGUGUUUGAAAUUAUUGUUACAUCAUUCCUUACAAAGUACAUAAAAUACCCAAAGAAUACCCAAUAAUACCCAAAAGAAUGUUUAUAAAUUAGUAUGAAAACUACAAUCAAAUGUUAUGUGUAAAUUAUUUAUAAGUGGAAGUACGUUUAAAAAAAAAAUUAAAAGAAAAAUUCCAUAUUGAAAUAGCUAAUGUUAUAAACUACAUCAAUAAAAAUGUGUCACCAGGCUGAAAAAUGUAUGCUUGAUAAUCCUGAAAACAGAAAAGAACAUAAAACUUAAAAGAACUGAGAAUAGGUUUAUCUUUAUAUAAAGUAGAUACACCAAGAUAUCAUAUGGAAGAAGUGAGACCAGACAUAUCUGAAAGAUUAAAGUAAAUAUACAUCCAUUGUCAAGAUGUCAGCGAGACCAUUCACACAAAAUGUAUUACUUAUAGCCUUUCCUCAUACAAAAUCAAUGCAUUGUUCUAGAAAAGUCAGAUGUCCUUCUGCUGUUUUCUUGCCCUUUCUGUUUUUAUGAAUGUAAAAGUUUACUUCUUAAAACUUUGGUGUUUUGUCUAUUUGUUCUGCACAAAAAUAAAAAUUUUAUAUAUUCAAUAGCAAACUAACAAACUAUAACUCAAUAAAAUACCCCUUAAAUAUUUCUAGUUCUUUUCCAUCCUUGUGGUAAUUUGAAGAAAUCUUCAAUGAUUUUAUAUUGAAUUUUUAUAGUUUGACCGAAUGAAAUCCUUGAAAGCAUAAUAUCGUGUAGAAGCUGAAAAGAAAAUAUAAUAAUGGAAAUAAUACAUUACCAUUGGCAUGAUUUAGUUCACAGCUGAAUCCUCCUUGCUCUUUGAAAUGGUUGCAUUGCUCUUUCAAUAAAUUGAGCAUUGAAUUUGGAGAGGUGAUGUCAUGCUUCUUCUUUUACCUUGAUGUUACUCAUAUUUAGUGUUUAUUUUCUGUGGAUUCUAGUACUAUGGCUCAUUUGGAGAAUUAAUAUCCUCCCCUCCCCUGUAAUGUUAUUUGCAUUAAUGGAGACUUAUACUAUUUAUCUGAUAUGCAGGUCAGGGAGUGUAAUUCUACUAUAUAAUAUAUUCUACCCCAAAUUUGGUAAAUGAAUGAAUAUGGAAAAGGUAUUUUGCUUAAUUAGUAAUUUAAGUUUUAAAUAUAUAGAAUGGUGUUUUGACUUCAUUGAAAAAAAUUAUCAUGAUCAUGAAUCCUCCAUGUACUUGUUGAAACACCAUUUGUCCCUAAACCUCGACACUUGAAGCUUGUAUUUAUAUCUUGACAAUGAUAUUGUACAUGAAAUUUAAAAUUUGAAAUAGAUUUCUCUUUAGGUCAUAAUUUGCUGCAAUGGGAAACAAUUCAAGGUGGUUGUUUUUUUUUAUUAUUAUUAAAUGUAACAACAGCAGAAACAUUGCGAAUUACUUAAAAUAUUUGUAGUUUUAUGUAUAAAUUUUAUGUCAUCUACAUUUUGUUGUUUUUUUUCUCUUGAUUAGGUUAAAAAUAUAUUUUGU